CCCAUUUGCCAUGUCGUUGUAAGAGACGAAAAUUUUCAAUUUUGGUGUAGAGAGCGAUGAUGGCUGCGAAGCUUCAGAAAUGGCGAAAUCUGUCAGGUCGUCUAGAUCUGAUUGCUCGGAGCGCCGUGUCGACGAGACGUCUCCUGCACGAAGGUCCAGACACCGUGGAGGAGCUUCUCGAUAGACAUCUAGCGAAAAAAGAGAACAAAGUUAUCGACGACGAUGAGGCCGCGUUGCUGAACAGGCAGCGUCUGACGAGCACGCGCCGGGAAGCGCUGAGUUUGUACAGAGACAUAUUACGAGCGACUCGGUUCUUCAUGUGGAUUGAUUCCAGGGGAAAUCUAUGGAGGGACGUGCUGAGAGAGAACGCUAGGAAGGAGUUUGAGGCGGCGCGAUUUGAGACGGAUCCGGAGGUUAUCACAAAGCUGCUGAUCAAUGGAAGCGAUGCGGUUUCGUCUGCUUUGGAUAAGCUUGCGGAGAAGCAGAGAGAGAUGAUCGAGAAAAAACCGUGACUUGAGUUGAUCAACCGUGCAGGAAUGUUUCAAUCGAAUACUAAAUCUGUUGAGCUAAAUUGACAUGUUUGUAAGGCUCUUCUUCUUGAUGCCUUUGGAACUAUUGCUGCAAAUGGUUGCGAGAAGAAGAAGAUGCUAGGAGAUUUUUUUUGUUCUUUGUCAUGUUUGAGUGUUGUACGACUUAGAUUUUCAUUGAAAUGUCAUUGAAGAGUCUGUAUACAUACACACCUCUACAAGCUAUAAACAAGGCUUUUGAUUCUAGAAUAACUUGUUGCAACAUCUCAACGACCAAUAAAUUGGAAUCUAUAAUCUCUUUUGUUUCGUCA